AUGGCGCAGGCAUCGCGGUUUCGGUUUUUCGAUGGGGAAACGGAAGAAUGGGAGCUGUACAAGGAGCAGCUAGAGCAGUUUUUUACGGCGAAUCAGAUUGCGGAUAACAUGAAGAAAGCGGUGCUUAUCAACCAUUGUGAAGCAAAAACAUACAAACUGCUGCGGGACCUUUGCACACCGAAUGCGCCAGCGGAAAAAACAUACGUGCAGUUAUGUGAGCUUAUGUCGAAACAUUUCACCCCACCUGUGGUGGUGCAUAAAGAACGCCGAAAUUUUAUGAGUGCUAGGAUGCGAGAUGAUCCCCCGGAGAGUUUGAAUGCUUGGGCAGCGCGAGUGAAGAUCUUGGAAUCGAAUUGCAAAUUGGGAGACCAAUUGCAGCAUGAUUUACUCAACAAGUUUGUUGAUGGUCUCGAAGGAAAGGCAUACGACCGAAUCUGCGAGGAAGACGAGAAGCUGACGUUCGAACGGGCAUACGAAAUUGCAAUCAAGUACGAACCGGAAGAAAGCAAAUCAGCAGGAAUUAUCCAGAUGGGACGGGGAAAACAUGAUUUCGAACGAGGACGUUCCAGUGGUGUGAAGAAUUCAACGGGUGUUGGAGACAAUCGGUGCUUGGCAUGUAAUCGCGUAGGCCAUUUCAAGCGAGAUUGCCGAUUCAAAGAAUACAUCUGUCGAAAGUGCAACAAACGGGGCCACCUGCAAUCGGCGUGUACCUCCAAGAGAAAUUACUUCGUUGGAGGACAGGAGCAACUGGAGCACAGUUUGGGGGAUACGGAUGAGUUGAACUUGGAGCAAAACUUCAUCAGUAAGUGUGACGGUUCAAUUUUUUCUAUUGAGGGACAAGUGUUUGAUGUUCCUUUGGAAACAGAGGUCAGGAUUAGUAGUAGAGCCUAUAGAAUGCAGUUAGACACAGGAGCAGCAGUCUCAGUGAUUUCGGUGUGGUAUUUCAAUAAGAACAUGAGUGCGUGUGAAUUGAAAUCGACAAAUUUGCGAUUAACAGGUUACGGUGGAGAGCAGUUGCUGGUGAAAGGUGUGAUUGAACCAGUGAUUGAGUUCAGAGGAAUUCGCAAGGCGUUACGUGUGCGAUAA